UGCUUUUCGAAACGUAAAUUUCGUCAUCAUUCUAGCUUCUCGGUACAACUUCUCGGUAUAAGUAAUUUGUAAAGAUCGUUCUAAACAGCACCGUUCUCUCUCUCGCCUUGACGAUUACCACGCUGCAUAGAUACCAGUUUUCGUCAAUUUUUCAGCUACUCGUAAUCUAGAGACGAAAUUGCCACUGCACUUAUGACUGAAGACUCAAUUCCCAACACGAGGAUCUUCAAAGAUCCAGUACAUGACUAUGUGGAGUACAAUCCAUGGAUUUGCAGCUUCAUAGACACGCCUCACUUUCAACGGUUGAGAUAUGUAAAGCAGCUAGGACUCUCGUACUACGUGUUCCCAGGAGCAUCUCAUAAUAGGUUCGAGCAUUGUCUUGGCGUCGGCCACCUGGCCAGGAUGAUGGCUCAACACCUUCAAAAGAGUCAGCCGUCCUUGGGAAUCAAGGACGACCAUAUACGUUGCGUCGAGCUUGCCGGACUGUGCCACGACCUUGGUCAUGGGCCUUGGUCCCAUGUCUGGGAUGGCCAUUUCAUCCCAAAGGCCCUUCCUAAUCACUCUAAAUGGAGUCACGAACAAGCGUCGGAAAUGAUGUUCGAUGACAUGGUGAAGAAGUACAACCUCGAAAUUUCAGAUGAGGAUGUAGAAACCGUGAAGGCACUCAUUUCGGGCAGGAAGGAGCGAUGCAAACUUGGGGCGACUAUGCCAUUUUUGUUUGAGAUUGUUGCCAACGAUCUCAAUGGCAUUGAUGUCGACAAGUUUGACUACAUCGCUCGCGACUGUCAUGCUGUUGGCGAAAAACGCAACAUUGCCAUGACAAGAUUGAUCCAUUCCGCUCGCGUGAUCGACGGUCAAAUAUGCUAUGACAUCAAGGAUGCAAACACGGUCUACGAGCUAUUUUACACUCGCUUCUCUCUACAUAAAAAUAUCUACAAUCACAAAACCACUCGCGCGAUCGAAUACAUGUUGAUGGACGUACUUCUGAUUGCACAGAAUCACAUGAAGUUUGCGGAGUACAUCGAUGUACCUGAAAAGUAUCUCCAUCUCACGGAUGAUCUCUUCCACCGUAUCAACAUGACCGAAUCGGAAGAACUUGCACCAGCGCGCAAAAUCAUUAACCGCAUCCAGACCCGUGAUCUCUAUCGCCAGGUAGACUACAAGAUCAUCGACUGGGAUGACAAGGAAUUUUGUCAGGCACAGAUCACGCCUGAGACCAUUGUGCAUGCUGCUAAGAAUGUUAACCUUCCUGGUGUUGAACAGAGCCUUGUCGCUGAGCUCACUGCCGACGACGUCAUCGUAGACGUUAGCAAAAUGCACUACGGCAGAGGGGUAGACAAUCCCAUCUAUCAGGUCAAAUUUUAUAGCAAGCGUGACCCAAAUGUGUGCCGGCGGGCUGAGUCGGGAGACGUCUCCCUUUUAAUGCCCGAGAAAUUUGGCGAGCUCCUCCUCAGGGUGUAUACGAGGGAAGAGAGAUUCAUGGGACUUGUCCAAGCUGCCUACCGCCACGUGCUUAGAUCCCUUCCCAAUACCCCAGACGAGACAGCCGAAAUAGCCAUUUCAGUACAAACACCCCCCGCUACUGAACCACCUUCCACCCCGCGCACACUUACGCGUGCCAUCAGUCUCGGUAUGCCUUCGAGCCGUACCUCAAGACCUUUCGGGCGCACACCUAGCUAUUCAGAUAACCAGUUUACGACCCUUCCCCCGAAUUGCCAGAGCCGCUCUCCGACAAGGACGGCACCGCGAAACCCGAAGAGGGUCAGGGAGACAAGUGUCGAGCUGGACAUUGACAAUCCCCCUCCGACAAGGAAGAGUAUACGUCUGGCGUCAAAGUGAUCGUGCGUUCUACCAUAGUCCUGAUGAACUCUUUUUCCAGUUUCCUGCAUGCAGUGUUAGACUCGUGCCUUUGUUGCUUUUCCCUUCCGCAUUCAGCCUGUAUUCAUUCGUGGUUCUUUGGAAAGAUGCAUUCACUUACAUACACAUUCUAUAACACGGUUUGUACUGUAUACCAGGAACAUAACAUAUUUACUUGCUUGGCACCCUUGUGGCACCCCAACGGUUCAAGCUGUUGCACUUGUUCGCCGAUGCUAUUCCCUAGUAAUUUUCAAAUAUCUUGGCGCCGAGUCAGCACAAACGCGAG